UACAGAUACAGCUCUCUGCACUGUGUAAUCUCAGUCUUGCAUCCCAGCACUCUUCAUAGAGUCCCCCCUCCCAUAUUAUCUGCCAGCUGGUAUCAUGGCUACUGAUACAUCAGACUCGAUGCCUUCAGGCUUGGCUCCAGGCUCGGCCCUUCAAGACUUCGCUUCUCAAGAUCCAGCGUCUGGCACAGCUCCUCAGGAUUCAACUUUUCAGAGCUCGGCUCCCUCACAACCUACCCCGCCCCCUCCCUUCUAUCCUCCUCUCUUCACCAUCGGCGAUGGAGAUGUCGUCAUAUCGAUCAUGCCUGGACCCAAGAAUGAGAUUCGUGUCUCGAGCACUCUUCUUGGCGAAAAAUCGCACGUCUUCUCUGCAAUGCUCUCCUCAAGAUGGGACUACAACAAACGCACAGUCGAAGAAGUGUGCUUAGCCGACGGCACGUCCAGUCAAGUCAGACGUUUUGAGCUUGUCUUCGACAACAAUGGGUCCUAUCUACUCGGCAAGGCUACUUCGGAGAAUGCUCAUAGGAGAAGAGCUAUUGCCCUAGCUACGAUCGAAGGGGCUGUUUACAGAUCCUUCAUUGAGAAAUCACUGUGCCACACCAAGUUCGGCCUCCCAUACUCAGAAAGAGAGUGGAGGAUGGUCAUGGCCAUCAACUACCUUUGCUUCGCCAUGCUAUUCGAACUACCUCUAGAGCACACAUCCGUUCAGAGAAACAUCCUUGAUGCCAAGCAAAUGAUUGCAAUGGGAUACCCCGCAAGGGUUACGUGUAUUAUCUUUCGUAUGCUUGAAUGGAUAGACUACUACGGAGUUCUGUAUUCCAUACGCCACAAGUUUGCACUCUUGAUCAUACACAUGGUGCCCCAAAAGGAGAUUAAUGAGCACAAGCUCGCAUACCUACGUCUCGCAUCACUGCUCCGCGAUACUGACCUCUUAGCACACCUGGCCGACAACGACUUGCUAUUCGGUGAAUCCCUGGUCUCGCAGUGCGGAUCACUCGAAAAUCGUUAUGGAGUGAAACGCUGGCUUGUCGAAUGUGAAAGAAGCCUAUACGUUUUGCACGACAUAUCCUGGGACCUCCUUGGCACUCCCAGAAGAUCUGAAGGCGUAGAGUUCUCCGCCCCUGCACCUCGUGCAGCAUGUCAGCGCUGGUAUGAGUGGAUGCUGCAGCUUCGCGAAGAGGCAUCGCUCCACCAGCUCUUCACCGACCUCACGUGGUCUCAUGCUGGCGCGCUAGACCUGCCGCUCGCGCUCCUCCCACCCGCUAGAGCUGCUCUCUUCACUGGCUUCACUGGCUUCGGUAUUGCGAACUCGCACCCGCAACUCACUCAAGUUGAAGUCAACAAUGCCGAACAGCUGAUGAGAACUUGGACUGCUUCUGCCCUUGAUCAGAUCCGGGCACACGUGGAUAAGGCCCAUGUCAGGGGUGGCUUUAGGCUCAACUACGACACCUUCUUCGAGCGUUCCAAAUGUCCUUGGGACUAUCGCCGGAAUGAGAGUCCCACGGAUAUUGAUGACAUUCUUUUGAGUCAACUCGUGGUGAACAACAGUUUGAGUGAUCUGAUCGGUCAUUGAAACAGUGCUUGACUCAUCUCAUGAUCGUCGCUUCAAUGAUAGAAACCACUUUUUGUUAUAAAUCACAUCUGUACACUCUCAUUGGAGCUUGGGAUUGAACAAAAAAGGAUCGUGCAUUUUCACCGUGACGUAGCUUGUGCUGCUUCCUCGUGAGAGCUUCAA